UAUCCAGCCAUCUUGACCGAACAAGCUUAGUCAAUAAAGGAUUAUGGAAAAAGAACACCAUUUACUUACGGGAAACAGUGGGUAAUCCCGAGUGAGCACGAUGCGCCAUCUUAACUUACUCAGACUGGACUGGACUGUUGAGGCUGUAGUUGAGGCUUUCUCAACAUUUCGAAAAGCUGUCGUUCCAUUGAACAAGUCGAUUAAAGUUGAAAACGUAACUUUUUCUCUCCGUUUGGGCCUUCCGUCCACACAAAAACGCCCCAGAAACGCCUUAAUACAUGGUAGGCGCGCAACUCUUGAGCGCGAGCAAAAUUACCCGCAUCAGUGUCAACAACAUUGAGUGCCGACUUCAUUCAGUACCAAAUUCCACGAGUCAAACUGAAACACUCUUCCACCGUAAUUAAAUUUGACAAUAACAGGUACAAUAGAGAGCGCCUUAAACAAAUCAGUGUUUUGCUUCUACAGGUACCAGAAGAAGCCGAAAUUUUAUUGUAGCACUAGAAAGCAGCUGUGUUCGUUUUGUACGAAAUCGUCCGCGAUUCAUUUCAAUCACCUUAACUCUCAAUGUCUGGCUAAGUUUAGCAUCAGAGUCAUUCGUGGACAGGGAAACUUUAAAUUCUUUCAGAUACUAAACGCGGUAACUGAUGUAACAAAGCAUUCAAUUUAAAGUCAACGGGCCUACAUGCUGAGAAGAAUUCGUCGCAGGUUUGGCCGGUUCCUUCCAAGUAGAUGGCUUUUUGGCUUAAGCUCAAUUCUCGUUAUUAUUUUGAUCGUUCGACGCUUCAAGACAAACAGCAUUCGCUUUGAUAUAUUAACGAGGACUUCAAAUUCGAAAGAAUGGGAAACGACGAGAAAGAUCGCACCCAGUCUACCAGCAGGCGAUGUUGGCAGAAGAAAGGACUGGGAAAGAUCAAGAUCAGCCAGUGAUGAGAAUGGAAGUAGAAAACAUCUUCUCAAAACAACAAAAUGGCUCCAUGCCUUGGAAACUGCUGGAAAAGGUAGCGUUAAUGUCCAUAUUUGGAGAGGCCUAUGCUGCCCGAAAGUAAACAGCUUGCGACAGUAUCCUCUAUUUCCAACUUUACCAAGAGAACGUUUGUUACGUCACACUAUCAACUCUGGCCCACUUGGAACCUGGUACGGGCAAAGAAUCAUGGGAUUCAUACAUCCGCCGCAUACGGGAUACUACACUUUUCACCUAGACGCACAUGUGUAUGCAGAGCUCUGGUUAAGUAAGAAAACGAAUACAAUGGAUGUUGAAUUAGUCGCAAAAAUUGCAAAAGAAAAUAAGAAGAUCUCAGUGGCGAGACUUGUUAGUCACACUUCAAGUAAAAUGUAUUUCGAAAAAGGCAAGAAGUAUUUCUUCGAUGUGCUGCACGUAAUGAACGGCUGGAUGAUGCAACGUGACCACGUGAAUGUCACGUGGAAAAUUCCAGGUAGUCAAAUGUAUACGGAAAUUUCCAAGCAGUUUCUCUCACCUUUGUUAACUAACAAGGCUUCGUUUUCAAGCCACAAAGCGAUGAAAGAGCGAGAUGAUUUGCUUCGAGCACCUCGCAGCGUCAUUGACACGGAAUUAAAUGACGUUGACGGUGGGUAUGACGAUGAAGACUACGAUGGCAUGGUAGCACCUGAAAAACAGAACAAACUUUCGGACAAAUUCUUAACCUAUUUUGGUGAAGACUUUGAGUUGGAGAAUCCAUACAAUAUCAUUGAAUUCGAACUUGCAGACAAAUCGGAUGAGAUUUUAUCUGCUUUUCCAAGUUGCUCGUAUGAACCAACUUACGCCAAAAAACGAACGUUCAAACGAUUUGAGGGUAUUUGGCGAACACAUUUUAGUUCCCUGUUCCCAGAUGACGGCACAAGAGAGUUCAUUUGCAUCGGAAACAAACAACGUAAAGAUUGCGAAGGGAAUGAAUUCUUGACUGAGAGUGAAGUGCUGGAACUUGUUCAGAUGUUUAUGAAGAAAAUUGAUGAGAAAUAUCCCCGAAAAUACGCUUUAAAGGCUGUAAUGAACAUUGAGAAAAACCGUGAUGCUCUGCGAGGCAAUCGAUAUCUGUUGGAGCUCGUAUUCCGAGAACGAGCUCGGAACAAUAUCGUAAGGAUAUCGGAUUUCGUGUACAAAUUCCACAACAGUUCGAACUUCUGUAAACCAAAUGGAAUUACUUGGCAAAGGAACGUGACAGUCAACGUUAUUUUAACUGUUAAGAAUCAAGGGACCUGGGCCCAGUAUUUUAUCAACGAAAUGUCUCGGAUUUAUGAUGCGACACGUGAUGACCAUGUGAAUAUCAUAGUGGUGGAUUAUGGCAGUCAAGAUAUAGAUAUUGCAGAAGCUUUUAAGAGGUAAGUAAGCAUUUUAGAUCAAUGGUAUAGAAGUAGAGGUGUAAAUCAUAAGCGAAGAUUGUAAAGUGGAGAGGAAAUUAUAUUUCCCCGGAGGGAAGGUACUUACCUGACGGAGAGAUGUAGUUCUUCCAACUCUCUCGGAGACUGAUACGAGCAAUACUUGUGCAGAGCGCGGUCGCGCACGGUCUGGGUAUCACAAUUUAAAAAAGUUCAAGGCGUUCCUUGCUUCCUCUGAGAGAGUAGUGCGAAGGUCCCGAAUGACAGUAACAGGGAGGGGAGGAACAGAAAACCGACACUGGUAGGGGAACAGUAUUGCUCGUAUCAGUCUCCGAGGGAGUUCGAAGAACUACAUCUCCCCGUCAGGUAAGUACUUUCCCUCCGGGGAAAUAUAAUUUCUUCUUCACCCCCUCUACGACUGAUACUCACAAUACUUGUGCAGACUUUAAGGGUUACUGACAUGAGAACCAUAAUCCUCAACAUAAACCAGACUAAAUAGCCCUAUCUGUUAAGUGAUACACGAAACUCCUACUGAAAACCUACAUAAGGCUAUAAAACAGAAAACUUUCCAGGAAAGUUGUAGUCCUCAAAACAUAGGACAGAAACUGAUCUAGAUGUGCUCAGACACCCGAUAAGCAACAACACUGAUAACAAAACUAAUGGCCCAUAGAGAAAAAGAUGGGUCACCUACUGAUACUUAAUCACCUACUGAUAAAGUAAAACUGUUCCAUAGGGCCAGUUACUCUCGAACAGCAGUAAGUACUGCUCUUGCAAGCUCCCCCUUGUCAGGGGAUCUCAGGUAAAAGCGCUCGAAUGUCUCUGACGAGGACCAAUCCGCUGCUACCAGAAUAGUGUCCAAAGGAACACCCGCUCGUGCAGCUGCAGACGUAGAGGCACUCCUAGUGGAGUGACCAGUAAAGUGGCAAGCAAUCCCUGCUAGCUGCAUAGUUUUCUCAGCCAUCUGGACAUAGUUUGACUUGAGAUGGGUUAAACGGUCUGACAAAUGGAAUCAAGAGGCGAGAAGAUUGCCUCCUGGUCUCCGUCCUGGAUCGAAACUCCUGUAAGGUUUUAACUACGCAAAUCUUAGGAUUGUCUGGGAAGGUAGGCAGAUAAACUUGCCUAGCCGGGUGACCAGGUCUUGACACCUUUGUGUGUUCAGCCAAAGAGAAUUCCCAGGAAUCGCUCUUCAUGGAGACAAAGUCCAGAUCCAGUUUAAUCAAUUCAUGUGCACGAGCAGAAGAAGUCAAGGCCAGUAAUGCUGCUAAUUUCAGGGAUAGCAUUUUUAGUGUAAGGCCAGCAGGUGGAUCCAGGGUUGAGAGAAACUCGAGCAAGCGCUUAACAUCCCAGGUUGAGCUCAAUCGAGGAGCUGGUGGCUUCAUGCGAAAAAUUCCCUUCAUAAAACGAGACACCACUGGAAGGUCUCCAAGCUUAGUCUGACCCACAGGCAGAUGUCCCUGUGAAAUGGCAG